UUAACAGGUUUUCUUUGAAUUUUAAGUUGUUUUUCGAAUUAAUUCGAAAAAAUGGGCCUCAGUGCGCAAAAGACGUUCAAACAGCAGGUGAAUAAUUUAGUAGAUGUCAUGAAAAAGAUGGGAAACCCUUUCCUGGAUGACUUCCCCGAGUUGGUUACACUGGAUAGCCAUGAUUGUGCACAUGAUGACGUAGCUAAGGCCGUGAUGAACCUUGACAGCCUUGGUCAGACCAAGUAUAAGGAAUAUGUCAAGGCAGUUAUAGAGGACCGAAAGACCUCCAUUCACGACACCAUUAAGAAGAACAAGAUUCCCCUUUUCAAGAAACAACCCCUGCGAGACAAAUCUAAACAGACAAAGAGAAUAGCUACACUGCAAAAUAAUGUUGCACUAUUUGCACAACUGUACAUCGCCAUGCAGAGACGUAAUGCUAACCUCGAGGAGUUCUUCAGCCAUGAAGUUCAACCAUUCCCUCCCUCCUUAUCAGAAUUCGGCAACCUUCGUCUACCAAGCGCUAAAUCGGAACUCCUCAAGUGCGUUAUUCCAUCGACUCAGCCGAGCCUCCCACGCAAUUUCACUGCAGCGUUCUAGACGGAGCUGUCAUGGUCCACUGCCCUCCCGUAACUGGUUCGAUCACCUUUGAUGAUUACACCCAUAAAGUCUUCAUCCCCCACCUAAGCAGCCAGAGAAGUAGAAGAGUGGACGUUGUCUGGGACAAAUACAUACAUGUACCUAAUAGUCUCAAGGAGUCCACCAGGGAGAAGAGAGGCAAAGGCGUUCGACGGAAAGUAGCUGGGGGUACUAAACUACCAUCCAACUGGUUGUCAUUCCUGCGUGACCCGUUAAACAAACAAGAGUUGUUUCAGUUCCUAUCGUUGAAGGUUGCUGGACAUAACUGGCCAGAAACGAAGACAAUCCACGUUACAUCAGGUACUUCUGUGAUUUCCAUUGGCUCUGUAACCGCU